CCUUAUGAACAAAAUUCACGUGCACGUGAUAAAAAACCAACUGCGUGCGCACACAAAACCUUUAAAAAUGUUCCUUGAAUUUUCAAUUUUCCUCUCUUAAUAUAUAUUUAAAAAAGAAAAGCCAGGUUAUUAUUGUGAUUGAUGCGUUUUAGUGGUUAUAUCAUCAAAUAAAAAAGGAAAACAAAAAGUGAACUGAAUUUUUAACUGGAUUAUUACACAGUAAUUUUCAUCUAAUUGCAAUUCCCUUACUAUUAAAUUAUAUUUAAUAACUCCUUAGAAUUAACUAAAAUCAACCUUUUCUCGUAAAAAGUAGUUCAAAUUAAAAACAAAUUUCUUUGCCAAACCGUUUCUACAUCUCCAAAAAAAUUUCAUUUCUUUCAAAAGACUUUGAGACAGCACUUACUUUGAAAAGAAACGACAAAAACUUCUGAGGACUGUAAGAGAUUGUGAAAUUAAUCAUCCCUGUCAAUCUUCAAAAAAAAAUUCUUAAUCUCUGCACAUCAACUGACCUAUAGAUGGCGUCUCUAAGUCUUGGCCAAGAUCUGAGCGAAGAGGAGAUUCAGAAGUUUGUGCACUUGGCCAAACUGGCGGAGAGUGUGGAGAGGUAUGAGGACAUGGCAGAGUACAUGAGGGUCAUAGUCACUUCCCAGGACCAUAGACUGUCCACUGAGGAGAGGAACCUCUUCAGCGUCGCAUUCAAAAACGUCGUCGCUUCCAGAAGGUCCGGGUGGCGUCUGUCUUCCACGUUUGAGAAGAAGGACAAGGAGGGGGGCAAGGAGAGUGUGGUGUUGGCAGAGGCAGACAGGAUCUACAAGGAGAGAAUGGAACAGGAGCUGAAGCGGGACUGCAACGAAGUUCUCGAUCUGAUUGGGAAAUAUCUGAGUAAUGAUGAUGACAUUGAGGAGACGAAGAUUUUCUACCUGAAGAUGAGGGGGGACUACAUCCGCUACAUGGUGGAGGUCUGCGAGGAACAGGACAAGAAAACAGAAUUGAUGGAGCAGGCGCAAAAGUUCUACGACGAGGCCUCCCAGAUUGCCAGUUGUCUGGCUCCCUGCAACCCCGUAAGACUUGGACUGGCUCUCAACUACUCCGUCUUCCACUACGAGAUCAAAGAGAACGCCGCACGUGCCAGGGAAAUUGCCCAGGAGGCGUAUGCACUGGCCAUUCCAGAGCUGGACAACUUGAGGGACCCAGAGUUUAAGGACAGUGCCCUCAUAAUGCAACUCCUCCGAGACAACCUCUCUCUGUGGACGGAAGCCGAAGUAGAGCAAGACCAGGAACAGGAGUUGGGGGUGCAACAGUUGGACGAAUGACCAAACAGCCUAACAACAGCAGAACCGCACCCCCUUCUUCUAUAGCCCCGCCUAUCACACAUUUACAUCGUCCUAAUUAUUAAGCAAACGCCCAAUAGAGUUGACGUAUUCGAAAAAAAAUUUGCGUUUUGAACAGCGUGUUAAGUAAACAUUGUGUAUAAGUUUAUUUGUAAUGAGUUAUUAAACCAUCUGUAUAAAUUUUGAAUCUGGACAAUUAAUACUCCGUUUUCUA